GUCCACCAGGCCAUGGAAGCGGUGGCUGUGUAUCAUGGCAAAAUCAGCAGGGAAACCGGCGAGAAGCUCCUGCUUGCCACUGGGCUGGAUGGCAGCUAUUUGCUGAGGGACAGCGAGAGCGUGCCAGGCGUGUACUGCCUAUGUGUGCUGUAUCACGGUUACAUUUAUACAUACCGAGUGUCCCAGACAGAAACAGGUUCUUGGAGUGCUGAGACAGCACCUGGGGUACAUAAAAGAUAUUUCCGGAAAAUAAAAAAUCUCAUUUCAGCAUUUCAGAAGCCAGAUCAAGGCAUUGUAAUACCUCUGCAGUAUCCAGUUGAGAAGAAGUCCUCAGCUAGAAGUACACAAGGUACUACAGGGAUAAGAGAAGAUCCUGAUGUCUGCCUGAAAGCCCCAUGAAGAAAAAUAAAACACCUUGUACUUUAUUUUCUAUAAUUUAAAUAUAUGCUAAGUCUUAUAUAUUGUAGAUAAUACAGUUCGGUGAGCUACAAAUGCAUUUCUAAAGCCAUUGUAGUCCUGUAAUGGAAGCAUCUAGCAUGAUGUCAAAGCUGAAAUGGACUUUUGUACAUAGUGAGGAGCUUUGAAAUGAGGAUUGGGAAAAAGUAAUUCCAUAGGUUAUUUUCAGUUAUUAUAUUUACAAAUGGGAAACAAUUUAAAGGAUAAUGAAUACUUUGUAAAGGAUUAAUGUCAAUUCUUGCCAAAUAUAAAUAAAAAUAAUCCUCAGUUUUUGUGAAAAGCUCCAUUUUUAGUGAAAUAUUAUUUUAUAGUUACUAAUUUUAAAAUAUCUUGCUUGAUUGUAUGGUGGGAAGUUGGCUGGUGUCCCUUGUCUUUGCCAAGUUCUCCACUAGCUAUGGUGUCAUAGGCUCUUUUGGGAUUUUUGAAGCUGUAUACUGUGUGCUAAAACAAGCACUAGAAAAAGAGUGAAGGAUUUAUGUUUAAUUCUGAAAACAACCUUCUUGCCUAGCGUUCUGAUGUUGGACAGUAAAAUCCACAGACCAACCUGGAGUUGCAAAUCUUAUAAUUUAAAAUAUGCUCUAAACAUGUUUAUCGUAUUUGAUGCUACAGGAUUUGAAAUUGUAUUACAAAUCCAAUGAAAUGAGUUUUUCUUUUCAUUUACCUCUGCCCCAGUUGUUUCUACUACAUGGAAGACCUCAUUUUGAAGGGAAACUUCAGCAGCUGCAGCUCAUGAAUAACUGAUUUGUAACCAGCCUCCUUUUAAAGUAACCCUACAAAACCACUGGAAAGUUUAUGGUUAUAUUAUUUUUUUAAAAAAUUCCAAGUGAUUGAAACCUACAUGAGAGUCAGAAUUUUAUGCGGCAUUUUCUUCUCACAUUUAUAUUUUUGUGAUUUUGUGAUUGAUUAUAUGUCACUCUGCUACAGGGCUCACAGAAUUCAUUCACUCAACAAACAUAAUAGGGCGCUGAGGGCAUAGAAGUAAAAACACCUGGUCCCUGCUCUCAGUUCACUGUCUUGUUGGACGAGAAAACAAUAACGAUAAAAGACAGUGAAAGAAAAUAACAAUAAAAGACGAGGAAAAAAUAACAAUGAAAGUUGAUAAGUACACGAUAAGUGAGGUUCCCCGUGUGUAGGUAGAUCUGGUCUUUAGAGGCAGAUAGACCUGGUCUUUAGAGGCAGAACGAGUCAGUGCAAAUACUCUGGUCCAUGGGCCAUAUGAAAAGGCUAAGCUUCACUGUAAAAUAAUAACUUGGAAUUCUGGGUUGUGUAUGAGUGUUGGUGAACUUGGUUUUAAUUAGUGAACUGCUGAGAGACAGAGCUACUCUCCAUGUACUGGCAAGACCUGAUUUCUGAGCAUUUAAUAUGGAUGCUGUGGGAGUACAAAAGUGGAGUGUGACCUGAGUAAUGCAUUAUGG